AUGGAUGUGAAAAUCCUUAAUGAUAUGCCAGCAAAACAAAUUCAACAGCACAUUAAAAAGAUAGUCCACCAUGAUGAAGAGGUUUCAUCCCAGGGAUGCAAGGAUGCCUGCUCAGUUUGCCUCGAUUUCUUCACUAACUCCAUCUCUUUCUCUUGUGGACACAUGUUCUGCUUUGAUUGCAUCCUAACUUGGACAUCAGAAAGGGAGCACACGAUGCAUGUGAGCAGUGAGCUCUAGGGGUUCCGGGAAGAUACAAGCCUGGAUGCAGCCACCACCACCUCCCUCCUUGUUGUUUCCAAGGAUCUAAGGAGUAUCCAGCCUGCAAAGAGCCAUCAGGAUAUGGUGGAAGAUCCAAGGAGAUUCACCCACCUGGCCUGUGUCCUGGGUACACUCAGCUUCUCCACUGGCUGACAUUACUGGGAGGUGGAAGAGGGAGAGGUAAAGGAGUGGUCUCUGGGUGUCUGCAAGGAGUCAGUUGACAGAAAGAAGAGCAAUUUAUGCUCUGUGCAUGGCCUCUGGAACAUCAGCAUGAAGGCAGGAGAAAUCCGUGCCAACUGCAUCCCAGAAAGUAGGAUUCCUGCAAGCCCUGGACCUCAGUGUGUGGAAAUCUUCCCGGAUGUUGAGAUGGAAGAAAUCCAGUUUUUCGAUGUUGGAAAUGAUGCCUCAUUUAUAUGUACAUUCCUCUCUCCUCUCUGGAGCCUUUUCGUUCAUUUUUCUUCUUGA